AUGUUUUCUAAUCCAAAUUCCGAUCCGAAUCAACUGCCCACACAGACAGCAUUCUCUCAACAGAGGAUUGAUGCCUGGAGACCAUUGUUUACGCCAGCUGUUGUUGUUAGCUGUUUAUUCGUUCUCGGAAUAAUUUUUUCCGGUUUUGGAAUUUAUCUUUACCUUACUUUCCAAAAGCAAGUCGAUGUUGAAGUAAGAUACGACGACCUUAUGAAUGGUACUGAUACAAUUGUUCCAAUCACCGUUCCAAAGGCAAUGAAAGGAAAUGAUAUUUGGCUUUUCUACAAAUUGACAAAUUUCUACCAAAACCACAGAAGAUAUAUGUACUCUCGCUCUCCAGCUCAGCUUCGUGGAGAAUAUGUCGGUUACAAUACACUUAAAUCUGAAUGCGAUGUUUGGACAUCCCGAGGUGGAUCAUCUGAUCCAAAAGACUUAUACCUCCCAUGCGGAGCCAUUGCCUUGUCUUUCUUCAACGAUACUUAUCAAUUUGUUGAUAAUUCGAUUACUCUUCUUGAUGCAGGUAUUUCAUGGAGAUCAGACAGAGAAAAAUUAUUUAGAAAGAUAUCAUCUAAUUAUACGGAAGGAAUUGCAUGGUUAGAAGCUAUGAAUGAGACAGGAUUUCCAAAUGGCCAACGAAAUGAACAUUUCAUUGUUUGGAUGAGAACAGCAUCAUUACCAACAUUCGUUAAGCCAUACUCUAGAGUUAGUAAUCCAUCUAUUGCUGCUGGAACUUAUUAUUUGAAUAUUACAAAUAAUUAUCCAAUCGAAACCUUCUAUGGUAAGAAAUAUAUUUUACUUACAACACUCUCUCCAUUUGGAGGCAAGAAUAUGAUUUAUCCUUAUAGUUAUUUGGUUUUUGGUGGAUUGAUGUUCUUCUUCUCAAUUAUGAUCCUUAUUUCAAGGAUCUUCUGUUCAAGAACCCUCGGUGAUACAUCCUACGUCAUUGCUGAUCCUGAAAAAUUUGAUCAAUUUAACUAA